AUGGAGGAGUACGCCCGUGAGCCGUGUCCGUGGCGUAUAGUCGAUGACUGUGGCGGCGCCUUCACGAUGGGCGCCAUCGGGGGGUCAGUGUUUCAGGCCAUCCGGGGCUUCAGGAACGCCCCCCAAGGGGUCAACAAACGACUGCUGGGGUCGUGGUCUGCCGUGAGGACGAGGGCGCCCGUCAUCGGCGGUAACUUUGCCGUCUGGGGCGGACUCUUCAGUACCAUUGACUGCACUCUGGUUCACAUCCGCAAGAAGGAGGACCCCUGGAAUAGCAUUACGUCCGGCGCUCUC